UGGUGCUAAGAAUGAGUGCUUUAUGAAUAACGCUGGAAAAUGCAGAGAGAAAGACUUUUUUUGUCCCUAAUUCUGCAGAGUGGGAGGGACAAACAGACCACAUUUGUAUAUAAUGUGCAAAAAAAAAAAAAAAAUCAUUUUGCUUCAGGAGAGUAAACAGAACUGAUCCUCAAAGCAUCAGACAUUCAGCAAGAAGGCAUGACCCCGGGUUUUACUGAGACCAUGAGCGCCAUGCAACAGCUCACUCCAGCCUUAGAAGAAAAUUAAAUAGAGAAGCGGAUCAUGUCCUGGCACAAGGUCGGUUCGUUCCUGCGUGGUCUGUCCCGCAGGAAGCCUCUAGAGCCAGAAGGCGAAGUGUCCACAUUCCGGAGGUGUCUCGGGACAGUAGACCUGGUGGCUCUUGGUGUGGGCAGCACGCUGGGCGCCGGCGUCUACGUGCUCUCGGGUGAGGUGGCCAGAUCUCUGUCUGGCCCCAGCAUCAUCAUCUCCUUCCUCAUCGCCGCUCUGGCCUCCAUCUUCGCUGGACUCUGCUAUGCUGAAUUCGGCUCCCGCGUGCCCAAGACAGGAUCGGCCUACCUCUACAGCUACGUGACUGUGGGCGAGGUGUGGGCUUUCAUCACGGGGUGGAACCUGCUGCUCUCCUACGUCAUAGGUGCCUCCAGCGUGGCCCGAGCCUGGAGUGGCACUUUUGAUGAUAUGAUUGGAAAUGUGAUGUCGAAUUACUUCAGCAAACACGCAGCCAUGGGUCUGCCGGGCCUGGCUCCUUACCCAGACUUCUUUGCAGCUGGCCUCAUUAUGCUUCUCGCUGGUCUUCUUGCAUUUGGUGUGAAAGAAUCGACGACAGUCAACAAGAUCUUCACGAGCAUUAACAUACUGGUGUUGGUGUUCGUCAUCAUCAGUGGCUUCAUCAAGGGGAAACUGGAGAACUGGUACAUCAGCGAGGAAACAUUACUGAACGUCACAGCAGAACUUGAAAACCUGACGUCUACACUGAACGUGACUUCUGAGUUUGGGCACGGCGGGUUUUUCCCCUACGGCUUUGAGGGCACGCUGGCCGGAGCUGCCACUUGUUUCUAUGCCUUCGUAGGGUUUGACUGCAUUGCGACUACGGGUGAGGAGGUGAAGAACCCUCAGAAGUCCAUCCCGCUGGGGAUCGUCUUUGCACUGCUCAUCUGUUUCCUGGCUUAUUUCGGCGUUUCAGCCGCUCUCACACUGAUGAUGCCUUACUACCUGCUGAACAUCCACAGCCCUCUGCCAGUCGCCUUCUCCUACGUGGGUUGGGCCACCGCCAAGUACGUCGUCGCUGUGGGAUCCCUGUGUGCACUCUCUACUAGCCUGCUGGGAGCCAUGUUCCCGAUGCCUCGAGUGAUCUUCGCCAUGGCUAGAGACGGCCUCCUCUUUAAAGUGCUGUGUAAAGUCAGCUCGAGGAAAAGUCCUGCCAUGGCCACCCUCACCUCCGGCUUUGUGGCAGCUAUAAUGGCGCUGUUAUUCGAUCUGAAGGCGCUGGUUGAUAUGAUGUCGAUCGGGACUCUGUUUGCCUACACUCUCGUAGCCAUUUGCAUUCUCAUACUGAGGUACCGUGAGAGUGAAUCUGCAGAGAAUGAAAUAAGCUUCACUCCAAGGUCAAAGUUCGGAUUUUUAAAACCUCCAUCGUACCCAACCAAGGAAACAUCAAACACCGUCAACGUCUGCACUAUGUUUAUCAUCGUCCUGGUGGUGGUCCUGACCGUCCUGCUGUCCAAAGCCAUCACAUCACUGCUGCUGCUGGAGGUCUGGAGUCUGGUGUGUGUGUCUGUGAUCCUCUUCAUAAUGCUGCUCUGCACACUGCUGAUCUGGAGGCAGCCUCAGAAUCCCACUAAAGCAGCUUUCAUGGUGCCUUUCCUGCCUUUACUUCCUGUGGUGAGUUCAUUCAUCAACAUUUACCUGAUGGUUCAGCUCGGAGGCGCUACCUGGAUCCGCUACGCCGUCUGGAUGGCUGUGGGACUCCUGAUCUACUUCGGGUACGGCGUGAGGAACAGCAUCCAGAAACAGAGGCUGCUGGGAAACCUGAGCAACAUGGAAACUGCAAAGGAAAUCCCAGAGAAAGAUGUGACCAAAGGAUAAAACUUAUACACCAGCGUCUGAUAAUCAAAUAAUCCGUUUAGUGAUCACCUAAUAUUUUAACGAUAAUAACAAUAAUAAUUUUUUUUUAACACACGUGAAUUUGUUAACAUUGUGAUAUAAUGGUGAAACAGUUACACAUUUUUAUAUAUGCUUUUAUAAAAAUGUUUCAUGUUUUGAACAGAGCCGUUGACACACAGUGGUCUGAUAACUGAUGCUUUAUGGACUGAUUUAUUAAAAAUAUUCACCAAAAAAAAGGCUAAGCUUUAUCAAAAGUCUGCUGUAGUAAAAUGUGUCUCUAGUCAUAAAUCCGUUCUUUUAUCAUUAUGCAAGUUCUUUCGGAAACCAAACCAAAUAAGAUCAUAAACACUUUAAAUAAAACUCGACUACGAGUUCAGAUCUAAGCGAAUAAUCACUGGCAUGCUUUAUGAAAAUAAUGAAAAAUCCCAACAGGAUUUUUACUAAACCCACUUUAAUGCUUUAAACCUACAAACAGAACAAUAUGUGCAUUCAUAAUAACGUAGAGAUUAGCAGUGAGACCCCCACUGAGAAGUUUAGCACAUAAAACUGGGUCACGCUGUACAGGUCUACAGACUGCACACUUCAUCACCUCGACGGUAUAAACUCAUUCACCCUGUUUUCAUAAUCAUUAUUGAUUUUGUGGGGGAGAUUUUCUGUGCCACAUGCAGACUAAUCCUAAUCCUACAACUGAAUAAGAAGAAAGAACUGAUAUUAUGGACCACAUAAGAUAUACACAGCAUAGUAUAUAAUGAAUAAAACACUUUAUAAACACUUACAAACACCUUUAUCAGUUAUAAAAUAAAACACACACACGUGUGAUGAAGUGGAGUUACUGUUACUACCCCGAAGUUAAGUAUAUUCCUAUAACCGCAUGUCCCAGUGUGUUUUAUUCCUCUUACACCACAGCAAUUUGCCAACAAUUACAUU